CCAGCUGAAGCGGAUGAUCUCCAGGCUGCCGUCUCCCCGCGCUAACGCCAGGCGCUCCCCGUGCCUAGACUGGGCCAGAGCCAGGAUCCCACUCGGAACAAACUGGAAGAAGCGGACCCGAUGGAGAAGGAACUCGCCCAUUCCUGGGGAGAAAGGGGAGAGUCGGGAAUCUUUCAGGUUUUAUUUUUGAGGGUUUUCAAGGCCGGUAUCCUCACGAGCCGCGUGCGCUCACCCCGACCCGGAAACACAUGUUACAGCGGAUGUAGCGUUAGGCAGACGUGUGGCGGGAAGAUGGUUCAAAUCGUAGUGCGCGCGGCCAGCAGCCUUGGGGAUGGUUCUGCUCCUGAGUGGCUGAUGCUGGAGCUUCAGGGAGGAAUCGAGUCCCGGGGCCACAGUGGCCUUGCUGGGAAUCUGAUGGGAGAACUGCACUUCAGCAAGGAGGGAGUCCCAAUACUUAUAGUCGGCCACCACAUCCUUUAUGGUAAAGUCAUCCGCUUGGAAAGACCGUUUGUAGUGCUAGUGAAACAGACUGGUACAAGGGCAGGUGCUGAGAAACUGAUGCAAACAGAAGCACCCGAACAAGAACUGAGUGAAGAAAGCAAUUCAUGUCACUAUCUGGUCACCUCAAUCAUCAAGAAAAAGAUCAUUUUCAAAACCCGUCCAAAACCCAUUAUCACUAAUGUACCUAAAAAGCUGUAGUCGCAGUAUGUUCAUUGAUGAUGUUUGCACUGGACAGACUCUUCCUCAGUAGCAGAUCUUCAUGUGAUGAGGUCACUGAAUACCGGAUGCCAAGUGAUGUUGCUCAUGUUUGUGAUGUUCUCAGAAUUUUUGUGGCAUGAUGUUAUGAGACUUUACCUCAAAAUAGAUCUGUGUUUAAUGCAGAUUCAAUUGCAAAUUUGUUAAUAUUUUUAUUGUAUAUAAAUAACAAUUUCCUGUUUUAGUUUUACUUUCUCAUUAGUAAUAUAGCAAACAUUUUAUUAAUUUGCACCUUUGGGACCAGGAGUGUAGCAAUUGAUUGAAUAUUCUGGUUGAUCAAGAGGUCCACAUAAUCAAUGUAAAAACACUCACAAAUAGAAAUAUAAUGUGGGGGCUAUACAUAUCCCUGUUCUAUUUGAUUUACAGCAUGAAUCACUUAGAUAAUAAAUAAA